UGAAGAUGGAGAAUGGCACAUGGGAUGAGCAGAACAAAACUGGGCUGCCACUAUCAAGCCAAGAAGUCAUUACAGUCGAAUACCAAGUGGUUACCAUCCUCUUGGUCCUCCUCAUCUGUGGACUGGGCAUCGUGGGCAACAUCAUGGUGGUUUUGGUGGUCCUCAGAACCAAACACAUGCGAACUCCCACUAACUGCUACCUGGUGAGUCUGGCUGUGGCAGAUCUCAUGGUGCUUGUGGCUGCAGGACUACCCAAUAUCACAGAAAGCCUGUAUAGAUCCUGGGUGUAUGGCUACAUAGGGUGUCUCUGCAUCACUUAUCUCCAAUACCUAGGGAUCAAUGCUUCUUCUUUUUCCAUCACUGCCUUCACCAUUGAGAGAUACAUAGCCAUCUGCCACCCAAUCAAAGCUCAAUUCCUAUGCACUUUUUCAAGAGCUAAAAAGAUCAUUAUUUUUGUGUGGGCUUUCACCUCCAUAUACUGUAUGCUCUGGUUUUUCUUGCUAGACCUUAAUACAGUAGUCUACAAAGAUGCUACUGUUGUGUCCUGUGGCUACAAGGUGUCCAGGAGCUAUUACUCUCCAAUCUACAUGAUGGACUUUGGUAUAUUUUAUGUUGUACCAGUGGUAUUGGCAACUGUCCUCUAUGGCCUGAUUGCUAGAAUACUGUUCCUGAACCCCGUCCCUUUGGACCCAAAAGAAAACUCUAAUACGUGGAGGAAUGACAUGGCUCACCAAAGCAAGCCUGUGAAUUCCAAGAUGACUAACAGGAGUUUCAAUAGCACUAUUGCUUCUCGAAGGCAGGUGACCAAGAUGUUGGCUGUGGUUGUGGUCCUAUUUGCAUUUCUAUGGAUGCCCUACCGCACGCUGGUCGUGGUCAAUUCCUUCCUCUCCAGCCCUUUCCAAGAAAACUGGUUCCUGCUAUUUUGCAGAAUCUGUAUUUAUUUAAAUAGUGCCAUCAAUCCUGUCAUUUACAACCUCAUGUCCCAGAAAUUUAGAGCAGCCUUCAGGAAACUCUGUAACUGCCAGCAGGAACGGGACAAGAAACCAACUAACUACAGCGUGGCCCUAAAUUACAAUGUCAUCAAAGAGUCUGACCAUUUCAGCACUGAACUAGAAGAUAUUACCGUCACCAACACCUAUCUGUCCUCUGCAAAGCUGUCCCUUGGUGAUACGUGUUUGUCAUCUGAGGUAACAGUUAAUAAAUUUUAA